AUGCUUGAAGACGACGAUUGUUACCAUUGUCUCAUUUCCAGGCUAAGGUUUGAGUGCGUUAUCCAUCAUGAGGGUGUGUUUGGUGAGUUUAACAAACUAGGUUACAAGGGGUUAGAGGAGAUUUUGGAUGUUUACCCCAAUUUUUGGAGUUAUCUUGAGAUUCUGGGUGGGUUAAAAGACUUAGGGUACCCAAAAAUAGAUAGCUUGUGGUAUUAUGAUGCAAUGGAUGAUAAUGAGUUAGUGAUGUUGCAAGACAAUGCAGGAACAAAUAAAAUGAAAACUAUUGCACUAAUUAAUAGGAAUGUGCAUCUAUAUGUAAUGCAUCCAGUGUUUGGGGAAGAGAAAGUACUGCCUCUUGAAAAUAAUGUAGGUACUAAGGGUGUAGAAGACGAUAACUUGGGAGAUGAUAUGUUGGAUGAAUUGAAUAAUAAUGUUGUAUUAGGAACUUUUGAUGAUCUGGGUACCAUUGAAGAUUUGAAUAAUAUAGGUAACAAAUUUGAUGAAGGAGGGCCCACUGAUGUAGAAGAUUCAAAUGCAGUUGACCAAAUAUGGAUGGACCACUGA